CAUUUUCUGUCUUCCCCGCCAUGGUUAGUUUGUUCUUUUCUUUGGAAUCCUCCUCCAAUAAGGAUUAGCUCCGACUGAGGAUACUUCGAAGGAAUCCAGGCAACAUCAUUUCCAAGUGCUUGUUUUCAACUCGCUUAUCAUUGCGAGAUUCAUGUUUUGGUCUUUGCAGCUUAGUUUCUGGUUCGAUCUAAUUGAUCAAUACUACCGGGAUUGUUGCUGCUGUAGAUCAUAUUCAGUUGAUUUCAUCGAGGGAAUGGGUUUUGGAUGAUUCACAUAGGUCUAUCGAUGUAUAAAGUUGACGACUUUGAGCAGCUCUUCACUCAAAUAGCACUUCAAAGAAAAAAUGGCUCCAAUGGGUUCUUCUGUCAUUACUGUCUUCCUUCUCGCUGGCUGCCACGUCACUGUCCACGUUAGAAGAUGACCGUCGGACCUACAUCAUCCACAUGGACAAUACAAACACGACCACCGUGGUUUUUUCGGAGGGUGGUCACAAAUGCAGCUGCUGGUGGGAGCGUUUAUCUUGCCGAUCUUGUGACACCGAGAGGAAUGACGGUAGUGGUGGAACCGGCGAAGAUCAGCUUCAGCACGGUUGCGUUUAACUUGAUCGUGGAGGUCGAUUUGAGUGGAGUUGGCAGAGUGGAUGAUGUUGGGAUUAAGAGCGAUUACAUUGGGAAUCAUGGCUACUUGAGUUGGGUUGAGCUGAAUGGUACACAUGUCGUCAGGAGUCCGAUCGUCUUAUUCAUUGCUUCUCCAAGAACUUGAAGUCUUGGAUAGGGGAUGAAGGCAAAAUAAGACCACGUAAAUGGUUGCUACUGUCAAUAAGAAAUCGAUGUUGUCAUCCAAACUACAUGGUUCGAUUGGAAUUUAGUAAUUUAUCUCCUUUCCUCUGUACAGACAGGUACUGUCAAUAAGUAGUAUAUUGCCAACUUGGUGCACAAUCUAAUAAGCUAGAAUGAAGCAAUUAACUUGUAAAAUGGUUCAACAGAAAGAUGGCUGCAUGCAUCUGGAACUAGUCAUUUACAUGAACUUGGCUACAGAAUCUCUAAGGCAUGGGAAGGAAAACAAAGACAGAUGAGACCUGAUAGUUGAAGACAGACAAACUGAUCUCUCAAGUAGUCAAAAAAAUAUUAGCUGAGACAUCAUCAAAAGGGCUUCAACAUCAUCAUCAUCAUCAUCAUCAUCAUCACCAGCAAGAGUAUUUGCUCUUACCACAAACUAACAGCAACAAACAACAGAAAGAAAUUGCAGAUGAAGGGACCAAAAACACCCAUCAUCAUGAAAUUUGCUCCGGGGAACAUUCCGACUCGUAAAUGCUGAAGGAGAGCUCAGUAGACUUACAACACACUCCUUGGAUACUAACAGUUGCUUUAUCUUACAGUAUACCCAGUACAGUUUUGCCACUGAAGCUGCAAACCAUCAUCAGCCAAGGCAAUGAAAGAUUUCAUCAGCUGAAAUAUAUCAGCAGACCAGAAAUCUCUCAUUCGUUCAAGAAACCUGUGGAAAAGAC